ACACACGCCUUCAGAGGUAUUCGUGACUCCGGAGCUGUCCCUUUCAGUACCACGGAGGUGUUAAAACCAUUCCAAAGGGGAAGCGGUCAGCCUACGUGUUGCUGCGCAGCAACAGACAGCGCAUGGUGAUGCGAGGGAGUCCCUCCACCGAGGACAGCCGAGGGAAACGUGACACUGUAAAAUGCCUUUCAAUAACAGUGAGCUAUCGCCAUGCCAAUCACAAGAGAAUGGGCUCAAUGAACCGCUCUUAACAUCUGACGAAAACAACACGGUGGAUGCCGGGCGGGAACCCCGUCUUUGAGAGACAAUGCUUGCCAGACAUUGAAGCACCUUACUCGGUUCUCACUGGAUACAUUCUGAGACGCUUCUGUAGCCACAACGUGCAUGCUGGAUUUGCAGCGCCCAUGGAGUUUAAAGUCCAAUUUGGUAGAAAACAAGGAAAUCUUGUAAUUGAUAGUUCUUUUUGACCUGUUACCUACGCCACACGCGCCUGCAUCACCCUUUAGACAUGACUGGCCAGAGUCUCGAGGACCUGAGUGGAACAAACAUUGAGGAAAAUGUCAUACGUAUUAACGUUGGAGGGUUCAAGAAACGUCUCCUGUCCAAUAUGUUGUCUCGGUUCCCAGAGACCAGAUUGGCACGUUUGCUCCGAUGCCAGUCAAAAGAUGCCAUUCUGGAAUUGUGUGAUGACUAUGAUGACGCCGAGAAAGAGUUUUACUUCGACAGAAACCCGGCGCUUUUCCCGUAUGUUUUGAAUUUCUACAACACUGGGCGUUUACAUGUUAUGGCAGAACUCUGUAUUUUUUCAUUUAGUCAAGAAAUCGAAUAUUGGGGUAUCAACGAGUUCUUCAUAGACUCCUGUUGCAGCAACGCAUAUCAUUGCCGUAUAAUGGAACCCAACCGUGACGAAUGGGAUGACAAAAGUGAGGAGGGAAGCACUGCAUCCUCCUUUGAUGAGAUUUUAGAAUUCUACAAUGAUGCCACAAAGUUUGACAAGCAACCACUGGGAAGUGUUAGACGUAGAAUCUGGCUGAUGCUAGACAACCCUGGGUACUCGGUUCCCAGUCGAAUAAUCAGCGUGUUCUCCAUUCUUGUUGUGUUGGGGUCCAUUGUCACCAUGUGCAUGAACAGUAUGGCCGAGUUUGUUGUGUUGGAUAGUGACGGGCAGCCGUUGGAGGAUCCGCGCUUUGAAAUUGUAGAGCUCUUUGGAAUUGGGUGGUUUACGUUUGAGCUGCUCGCCAGGUUCGCCGUGGCUCCAGAUCUUUUACACUUUUUUCAGCACCCUUUGAAUUUAAUUGACCUUGUGUCAAUUUUGCCCUUUUACCUCACACUUGUCAUUAACUUGGUGGCCGAGAGCAGCCCGGCUCUAACCAACCUGGGGCGCGUGGCUCAGGUGCUGAGGCUGAUGAGGAUUUUCCGCAUUCUGAAGCUUGCGCGCCAUUCCACUGGGCUUCGCUCGCUGGGUGCCACUCUCAAGAACAGUUACAAAGAGGUGGGUCUCCUACUGUUGUACCUUGCAGUGGGGGUGUCCUUUUUCUCCGUGAUGGUAUACACAGUUGAGAAAGAGGACAGUGAUGACCUCAACACCAUUCCCGCGUGCUGGUGGUGGGCGACAGUGAGCAUGACGACCGUGGGAUAUGGUGACGUCGUGCCCGUCUCCAUUGCCGGGAAGCUCACCGCAUCGGCGUGCAUCCUUGCUGGCAUUCUGGUCGUCGUGCUUCCGAUCACACUCAUUUUCAACAAAUUUUCUCUUUUCUACAAGAGACAGAAACAGCUAGAGGUCGCAAUGAAGAGCUGCGACUUUGACGAGGGCAUUAAAGAAGCUCCUUCUGUCAACCUAAGAAACUAUUACGCCCACAAGGUGAAAUCCCUGAUGGCAAGCCUGUCAAACAUGAGCCGGAGCUCACCGAGUGAGCAUAGCCUUACCGAGUCCCUCCACUGACUUACCGACUACUCCUGGCUUCGUAGGAGAAAUCGCUCCAAGCAAGUUCAAGCACCUGAAACUGCCUAAAAAUGCUACACGCACACUGAAACACCAUUGCAUGAAGAAGACCUAUAGCUUCCACAGGCUUCGUAAAAAUCAGUGGAUAUCACGAAAGUUACACUGAUGUGCUUUUAACUAUACAACCAGUGUUUUCCGUGUCUGUAAAAUCAAGUGUGCGUCUCAAUGUAUUUCUUAAUUAUAAGGAACCUGUAGCAUGGAUGGCAAGAAUCCUGUGAGUGGUAUCAGGAAAAACAUAGUUACAUGAGCUGUUCUAUAAAUGUGCUUUAAGUGACUUGUCUUAUAUGAAUGUGUUUCGACACAAACUUAAUCUAGACGUCCAAACAGUUUAAAUGUGAUGUUACCGAUUUA